AUGGCGACUCCUAUAAAUUAUCCAGGGAGAAUGGGUCCUCAGUACCCCCAUCAACAGAUUCAGACUCCCACUCGAGUUCCAGCCCAAGGCGCCAUACACGUCCAACAGAACAGAAGAGGUCCUGGACCGAUGGUUACCCACCAACAAUCCGGCCAUCAACCAAUGUCGCAAGCACAAAUGCAGCAGCAGGUCGCCCAAGCUCGAGCUCUCGAGCUAGAGCAAGCCAAGCGCCGAGCUCGAAAGCCGACAGAUAAGACCAUAUCCUCGGCAAUUGAAGAAAUCGCCCCUCUGACAACUUCCUACAAUGAUAUUCGAGGCAUGGAACGCAGGCUAGACGCCGCUAUCAUGCGGAAGAGAUUGGAUGUGCAGGAUUCUGUCGCAAAAUCCACAAAGAACCACCGAGUCUUCAGGUUGUUCAUUUCGAAUACCGCUUUCAAUCAGCCAUGGCAGGGCACUGCAAGUCUCGAUGAAACUUCGUUCGACUUUAGUACAGACCUUGUUCCGUCGUUCCGCAUGAAGAUUGAAGGCCGCCUGCUCGAUCUCGAAGAUGGCUCAAGCCCAUCGGAAAGCGCGCCAGAAAACCCCGAAGCAGAAGGUUCGAAAGCCGCUGCGGAUGCGGGCAAGGAUCCAAAGAAAGAAGAAUCAAAGAUACCCAAGAAACUUUCGCAAAUCUUCAAAAGCAUUCGCGUCGAGAUCCUUCGAUCCAAUAUGGACCCAGGCUUUGGCGAGAACAGCAUUGCCGAAUGGCAAAAGCCGCCACCCCCCGCACCUGCCAAGCCGGGAGCGGCUGCUUCUACACCACCCGCUGAAUUCGAUGGAUUUGAGUUUGAGAGAAAGUUAGAAGUUAGCGCACCAUGCACAAUUCAACUAGUCAGGGAUGAGCAGCCCGAGCGAUUUCAGCUUAGCCCGGAAUUGCAGUCCAUUCUUGAUACUACCGAGGACUCUCGGGCUGGAAUUAUGCUUGGUAUUUGGGAAUACGCCUACUUGAAUGGCCUCCAAGACCGAGACGAAAGAAGAAAUAUUACAUGUGAUGAGAAAUUGAAAAAGGCUUUCAAAAUGGACAGAAUUCAGGUUCCACAGAUUCCAGAAUUGAUCUCUCCCCAUUUGAAGCCUAUUGAACCAAUUACCAUCAAAUACAUGAUCAAAGUGGACACCGCAUCGACUUCUCCCGUUAUCCACGAUAUUAUUAUUACUGAGGACGAGCCUUUGAGACUUCGUAUGCUCAAGGUGAUUAACUCCCAGAUGACCAGUCCGCUCCACCGGAACUUAAGCAUGGAAGACGACAAUAUUGCCGUGUUGGUCCAGGCAAUCAACCACUCAAAAGCCAAAAGGGAUUUCUGGACCAGCCUUGGUAUGGAUCCUGCAGCUUUUAUCCAACAAUGGGUCAGCAGCCAAAAACGAGAUUUAGAGGUUAUACUGGGAGAAAAGGGAGUGGACAGCGAGGAGAGCAGGAGGGCAGGGUUCUACCAACGGGAUGCAGUGGCUCAGAACGCGUAUCUUUUGCUUCACGGUCGAGAUCAAGCUGGGAUGCGAUAA